AUGUCGGACGAACAGAAGACCGCCAAUGCGAACGCCGAGGCUGCGCAGGACGUUCAGAACGUGUUGGCAGAGCUGAAGGGCGAAAGCGAAGCCCCUAUCAAUGGCACAGAGAAGAAGGAUGAUACCCCUCCAGAGGAUGCCGAAGAGGCUCGGAUUGUCGCUGAGGCAGCAAAACUGGGAGAGAAGUCGGAGCAGGCUGAGGAGCAAAAAGGGAAGACACAGGAGCGCGAGACCCACGACAAGCACCGGGGCCGCGGCGAUCGAUUUAGCCGCCGGAACAAUGCCAAGUUCGAUCCCAGCUCCCAGCAGGAGACAGAUGAUCCCGUUGAGAUUCGCAAGCAGGUGGAGUUUUACUUCUCCGACUCUAACCUGCCAAUGGACAAGUUCCUGCUGUCCAAGGUCGGUGGAAGCAGCAACCGGGCUGUGCCUCUCGAGCUCUUGCAUUCGUUCAAGCGCAUGCGUCGCUUCCAGCCGUUCAGUGCCAUCGUCGAGGCUCUCAAGUCGUCCGAGACUCUGGAUUUGACCGACAAUGAUACCGCGGUGCGCCGUAAGACCCCUCUUCCGGAGUCGGUGUCUGACUCGCACGAUCCCAGCGUUGCCAAGGUGUUCGAGGACAAGGCCAUGACCCGCAGCAUCUACGCCAAAGGUUUCGGUGAGGAAGAACCCUCGACCCAGCUGGAUAUCGAGGCUUUCUUUGCUCCCUAUGGACCGACGAACGCCAUCCGCCUUCGUCGCACGCACGAUAAGACCUUCAAGGGAAGUGUCUUCGUUGAAUUCGCAUCAGAAGACAAGCAGAAGGAGUUCCUUUCUCUCGACCCUAAGCCCCAGUGGAAGGGCCAGGACCUGUUGAUCAAGAGCAAGAAGGAGUAUUGCGAAGAGAAGGUUCGUGAUAUCGAAGCCGGCCGCAUCAAGCCCAGCAACUUCCGCGGACGUGGACGUGGUGGUUUCCGAGGACGUGGACGAGGACGAGGCCGUGGCGGAGAUGACAAGCGUGACUGGAGGGAGCGUCGGACUGAGGAUCAGAAGAGGGGCUUCGAGAAUGGCAAGGGCGAGAACGAGCGCAAGGAGAUCCAAAAGGACUCUCGCGGUGUCCCCGUGGUGCAGAGCACAACCGAGUCUAGCCAGAAGCGUGUCCGUGAGGAAGACUCUGCUGCCAAUGGCGACCACCCGGCCAAGAAGGUUGACGCGAAGGAGUAA